AUGGCGGACCCAGGCAUUCAGGUCGUGGACGGCAUCAUCCGCAAGCUGCUCAGUGUGCAGGAUAAGCCGACACAAACCGAGGUCACAGACAUCACAACGGACGAAGUACUACUGCUGUGUCGUAAAGCUCGCACGAUUUUUCUGGAACAACCACCGCUAGCAGAAGUCCCAGCGCCAAUCAAUAUCUGCGGCGACACACACGGCCAGUAUUCCGAUCUACUGCGGUUGUUUGAGAUGGGAGGGUUUCCAGAUGAACGACGGUACAUCUUUCUGGGGGACUACGUCGACCGUGCCAUGCAGAGUAUCGAGACAAUCUGUCUGCUUUUCGCGUACAAAAUCAAGUACCCGGAGCAGCUCUAUUUGCUAAGAGGAAACCACGAAUGCGCUUCAAUAAACCGAAUUUACGGGUUCUACGACGAGUGCAAACGCCGCUACUCUGUCAAGGUCUGGCGCACAUUCGGCGACUGCUUCAACUGCAUGCCAAUCUCAGCUGUUGUAGCAGGAAAGAUUUUCUGUACGCACGGAGGUCUGUCACCUGACUUGUAUACACUAGACCAAAUCAGAAACAUCCGCCGUCCGACGGACGUGCCCGACGAAGGAUUGUUAUGUGACCUGCUCUGGGCAGACCCAGACCCCGAUAGUCAGGGUUGGACCGAGAGUGAUCGAGGCGUAUCGUACAUCUUCGGAUCAGAUGUAGUGGACCAGUUCUUGAAGACACACGAGCUCGAUCUUGUCUGUCGAGCGCACCAGGUCGUCUCGGAUGGCUACGAAUUCUUCGCCGGUCGCAAACUCGUGACCAUUUUCUCGGCGCCAAAUUACUGCAAUGAAUUCGACAACGCUGGAGCCAUGUUAGUCGUGGACGAUAAACUGCGCUGCACCUUCAAAGUGCUCGUGUCCAGUGAUAAACGCAAACAAUCUAAAAGACCCUAA